AUGGUUUUCCAAAGGGAUGGAAAGCUGGUAUGUGGAAGAGUUGAGGUCUGCGUAGGCAAACGUGAGGGAAUUAGGAGGAUGAGGAAGAGGGUGAUAGAUGUCAAUGCCAUUGCCAUUGAAGAGUUUGAGCUAAUGUCAAGAAAUGUCAUUUUUGGGUUCGAUCUAAUGUCAAGAAACAUCAUUUUUGGGUUUGAUGGGGCUGUUCGGAGGUGUCCCUCGCCUAUGAAACCUGGUUUCGGAGGCGGCCAUCGCCUCCAAAACCCAGGUUUGUCUGAAUUGAAGACUCUUCAAGAGAUUGACUUGAGUUAUAAUGAACUAGGGGGUCAGUUGCCUUGGUGCCUAGGAAACUUGACAUCUCUUAGGUUUUUGGAUAUCACUAGCAAUCAAUUUUCUGGGAACAUUGUAUUAUCUCCUCUUCCCAAUCUCAUAUCCUUGGAAUAUCUUAGGCUUUCAAAUAACAAUUUUCUGGUCCCAAUCUCAUUUAAGUCAUAUUACAACCUCUCCAAACUUACGAUGCUGGAAAGUGUUGGCAACAUAUUUUUGGAAGAAGAGGACAUUUUUGGCUUAGCCCCAAGUUUCCAAUUGAUUAAAAUCCAUCUUUCUAAUUCUAAACAGAGCAAAAACACUCCCAAGUCUCUGCCCAACCUUUUCUACUAUCAAAAUCAACUCAAAAUAGUUCAACUCUCUAGAUUUGAUUUUGGAAGAACAUCCCCAAUGUGGUUGUUGGAGAACAAUACUAGACUACAAGCAUUUAUCCUAAGAAAGAAUUCAUUUUCUGAACCUUUCCAAUUGCCCUCAUCUCCAAUGACACAACUUGUAGCAUUAGAUAUCUCUAACAAUAAUUUCUAUGGUGCCAUCCCAUACAAGAUUGGUAGUUUUUUCCCCAAGUUAAAAUUGCUAAACAUGUCUAGAAAUAACUUUAAAGGCAUGAUUCCGUUUUCAUUAGGUGACAUGACCUCUCUAUAUAUUAUUGAAGUGAUGAAACUAUCAAACAACAACUUGAUAGGCCCUAUACUACCCCCUCAAAACGACUUGCCAAACUUAAGCCAGUUGCAUCUGGACGAAAAUAAGUUCACAAAAAUCCCACACAACUUAUCCAGUAGUAUUGCCUUGAGAUUGUUGAAUCUUAGCCAUAAUCAUCUUGAAGGUGAGUUUCCUAUUGAGUUUUGUCAAUUUAAUAGACUACAACUAUUGGAUCUUUCUAGCAACAAUUUCACUGGGAUAAUACCGUCUUGCUUUAAUGUGGAAUACCUAGAGCAAAUUCAGCUAUCCAACAAUAGGCUAAAUGGACCGUUUCCAAAGGUGUUCCACCGAUUAAUGAAUCACAUAAGAAUGAUAGAUCUUUCAAAUAACCAUUUUAAUGGAAGCAUUCCAGAUUGGAUCGACAGUCUUUCUUGGCUAAGCAUUCUUAUCUUGAAAAAUAAUCACUUUGAAAGUAAUAUCCCAUAUCAGAUUUGCCACUUGUCUAGAUUAAUCUUGAUUGAUCUUUCUUCCAAUAAGUUGUCGGGCAUCAUUCCUUAUUGCUUAAAUAACAUCACAUUUGGGCUAGAAAAUGAAACAGUAGAAAUACUGGAUUUUAUUCUAAGUCGCUACUGUAUCGAAGAACUCGUGUUUCCUAGCCUAAAGAUUCGUAAUCAUCAAGAUUACAUCACGCGUUGUAUCAAUGAAGAUGGCAUGGAGUUCACAACCAAAGGAAUGACCUUGCUUUACACAGGACAACCUUUGUUCCUUUUUUCAGCAAUCGAUCUCUCCAACAACAAAUUAACUGGCCACAUACCACUUGAAAUUGGAAAUCUUAGCAAAAUCAAAGCACUAAACCUAUCUCACAACAACCUGAUUGGAGGAAUCCCCACAACUCUUUGCAAGUUAGAGAACAUAGAGAGCUUGGAUCUUUCUCACAACAACUUGAAUGGAAAUAUCCCCUCUCAACUUACUAAUCUAUACUCAUUGGGGACGUUCAAUGUGUCUUACAACAACUUAAGUGGAAGGAUUCCUCAGACAACAAAUCAAUUUGGAACUUUCGACCCAAGUAGCUAUAUUGAGAAUCCAUUUCUUUGUGGAGAACCAUUACCAAAUAAUUGCAUAGAUUCACCUCCAUCAGCUUAUAAAAAUGCAAGUGUGGUAUUUGACUUUAUCGACCUGAACACUUUUUAUAUGAGUUUUGCAGGGUCUUACACAGCUAUUUUACUAGCUAUUACAGGAAUUUUGUAUAUAAAUCGGUAA